UUAAAAAUAAAUCUCAAUAUUUUUAUCAACUUUUAUAUUUCUUUUGAUAUCUAAAAUUAUUCUUUCAAUUGUGCUACGAGUUUUUAAUAUCUUAUGUACAAAGUAUAUAUUAUGUAUGUUAACAAUUGUACAAUAAUAAUAAUUAUUGCACAAUUAUAAUAUUAAUAAUUAAAAUUCAAUUAAUUUCUAAUAAAAAUUUGUUACAUAGUCUUAUAUAGUUUUAAUAUGAUAUAAUUUUGUUUUAAUCGCAUAAUGAAUAAGGUUAUGUUUACUACAAAUAUCAUAAUUUCUAAAUUGCUAAAAAUAAAUCAUGAAACUAUAAAAUUUUCAAAUAAAUUUCUACAUAUACGAUUUCAAUUUCUUUUUUCAAAAAAAAAUGAAACGAUUGAAAGUCCGAGAAUGCGUGAAUUUAGAAAAAAAUUAAGAGAACGUACACCUAUAGAAAAAUUAGAAGAACUCGAAGAAGGCAAACAUCCUUAUCAAGAAAAAGAACCAUUAAAACCAUUUCCAAAUAAUAUGAAUCCAAAAACAGGUGAGAUAGGAGGACCACGUGGACCAGAACCAACACGAUAUGGUGAUUGGGAAAGAAAAGGUCGAGUGACAGAUUUCUAGUGAUAUUUUAAUGCAAUAUUAUAUGAAUAUAAUAGUAUAUCUUAUAUAGGAUGUGCAAUUAAAAUGUAUUUUAGUAAUAAAAAUUUCAUUAUAU